AUCUCAUUAGAUAGAGCUUAUACAAUGAAACUGUCUCUAUCUUGCUUAUCUUAGCUUUGCUUACAGCUGAUUACAAGUUACCACUGUAGAUAAUCAUGGAAAAUUCUGCCAGUGAUGUAUUUAAAUGUAAAAUGUGUAAACAAGGGAAACAAACGAUGAAAAGGUGUACAAGAUGUCGUGAGGUGUAUUACUGCUCACGAGAAUGUCAGGCCAAAGACUGGCCAGUGCACAGAACAAUGUGUUCCGUCACAGGAGAAAACUCAACAACUGGCAAGAAAUGGACAGAGAAUUCAGUGAGUGUGAAGUUUACAACUGACGAUGGUUCUAUAAUUGAACAAAAUCAAACUCUGUCAGCAGAAGAUGAUGGUAACAGUAGUUACUCACCUGUAAUAGACUUCAAGAAGUAUGCUAACAAUAAGGAGCCAGCCACCUCUAACAAAGUGAAUCAAGAUAGUUCAAUAAAGGGAACGUUUUACAUAGAAAAUGACAGAAUAUACCGGAAUUUUCCUGUAUUAGACAAAAGCCAAGAAUACACAGACAUAGUGGUUAAAGCCAACAGACAGAAACAGAUUAUUGGUAUUCAGAAGAGCUGGGAUGGAGGUGGAAUUUAUCGUGUUCUCUCACACUGGUUACAGAUUCCCCUGGAUAAACUGAAAGUCAUCCACAAAGGAAAAAUUCUAAAAGCAGACAAUAUAAGAGAAUGUGUUCAGAAGAAGGCCAUUUUUCAAGUGUUUGGUGAAAAGGCAGAAGACUCCAGUGGCGUUGAUGACAGAGAUAUUGAACUUAUGAUGAAGCAACUGAAAGUCAGUAGAAAUGAAGCCAUACUGGCCCUGAAAGAACAUGGGGAUGUUGUUGAUGCCAUUCUGGGAGCUGGUCAGAAAUAAUUUUGAUUCAUGUUUAAAUUUGUGUAUAUUGUUACUUUACCAGUCUGGAUCUUUGGAUUAUAUAUGUACCAUUUUUAUAUCAAUUGACUUUUAUAUGAAGAAAUUUGUUGCAUUGGGCUUUUCCUAAUACUGGGUAAUAGUUUACAAUAGAGCAGUAACUCUGUUUUUCAGUGUGCAAAACAUGCACAAAAUUAGCAAAACAUGCAGGGCUGAUUGCUUAUAAGUUAUCAGCCCUCCCAAAGACAUACCAGAAAAUAAUGGCCUUUUAUCAAAAAUCAUUUUUAUUACAUUUGUAAAACCAUUUAGUUGUUAUGUCAACUGCCUUGUGGCUGGCAAAGUUGAUCGAAAGAUAUCUCAGCUUUUCUGUGACUAGGACUCAAUCAGCAUAUAAAUUUGAUCCCGAUUAUAUAGACUGGUGAGUUUUUAUGCUUUGCUAUCAGUACAAUAAGUGAAUUCGAGGCAAUACAAUUUAUCAAAGUAAAUUUUAACUAGUAGUAAUUUUAAUAUGUCCAGUCAGGCAUCCAUACAAGCAAUUUGUUCACCUGCAGCUAAAUUUACACAUUUUAAGUGGUUGAUUGUUUCAAACACUGUAUUUCUUUUUAUUGGGUUUCAGUUUAAAGUGCUUUGUUACUAUACUACAUGCUUUCUAAUAUGUGUAUAUGUUGCUUUCUACUGAAUAUUUUCAAAAUAAAAAAAUCCUGCUCUUCAUUUUAAUGUGAAUGCAGGUUGUUUCAUCCCCAGCC